AUGUACACCCUUGAAGAAGUUCAACGGCAUAACAAGCCAGAUGAUGUUUGGAUCAUUCUGCACAACAAAGUCUACGAUGUCACCAAAUACCUCGAAGACCACCCUGGUGGCAGUGCCAUCUUGAUUGAGGUCGCUGGCACAGAUGCUACGGAGGCAUUCGAAGAGACUGGUCACUCUGACGAGGCUCGUGAAGAGUUAGUGCAAUAUUAUGUUGGCGACCUCCCAUCAGAGGAACACGCCGAAUCAAUCGAAGUCUACCGUCCAACCUUUGAGCAAGUUGCGCAAACCGCUGUCGUAUCUGUCAAGUCAUCGCCCGAUCGGACUCGUUCGUUGGCCCUCUCAUUGUUCAAACUUGGCAUGACUGGCGCUUUGGGGGGUGUAGCUUUCGCCGGCUACAGCAACGGAUGGAGUCAAUUUGGCCCGAUCUUCAAGAAGCUAUCGGAGAGCACCUCAACUAUUUUGUCCAACCGCCCCAGCUCCUCUGGCCAAUUCUGGUCUGGAUUCGGCAUCGCCAGUAUCGCCCAGCUGUCCAUCACCUUGGGAGCGACAAUGUGGAUUUCAUCCAAGCUAGACGUCCAGCAAGAGUUUACCCAUCACUUGCCUCACCGCACAUCUCGCUCUGACAGACUCAUCUUCCGCAAGAAAGUCUCAUCAACCGCCAAGAAGGCACCCACCAAGGCGCUCUCCACAAGCCCGCUCGACCCGCGUCAGUUUAAGAGCUUCCCUCUCACUCACAAAGAAGUCGUCUCCCCCAACGUCUACCGAUUCACCUUCGGCCUCCCCAACAAAAAUGAUAUCCUCGGUCUCCCCACAGGCCAGCACAUUGCCCUACGCGCCACCAUCAACGAAAAGGUCGUCUCCCGUUCUUACACACCCGUCUCCAACAACACCGAUCUGGGUCGCAUCGAGCUCUUGGUUAAGGUAUACCCCCAAGGCCAGAUGACCAAGCACCUCGAGCAAAUGGACAUCGGCGACACUAUCGAGAUCCGCGGCCCCAAGGGCGCAAUGCAAUAUACCACUUCCUACGCGAACCACAUCGGUAUGAUCGCAGGUGGUACCGGUAUCACACCCAUGUACCAGCUCAUCCGGGCAAUCUGCGACGACAAAGCCGAUACUACCAAGAUGAGCUUGCUGUACGCGAAUAACACCGAAGAGGACAUUUUGCUGCGCAAGGAGCUGGAUGACUUUGCUCGUGAGAACCCGCACAAGUUCUCUGUACAAUAUGUGCUUUCACAGGCUGGUGAGAAUUGGACUGGUCACCAUGGCUUUGUCUCGCAGGGUCUGAUCCAGACAUACUUGGCGCCUGCCGAUGAGGACAAUAAGAUGCUGCUGUGCGGCCCGCCGCCUAUGAUUAAUGCGAUGAAGAAGCCUCUCGCUGGUCUGGGGUGGAAGGAUCCUAGUGCUGUUUCUAAGGCUACGGACCAGGUCUUCCUGUUCUAA